UUGGUAGCACAUCUCUCCUCAUACUCUCUAGAUCUCAUAAUGACUCCAAGCACGACCUCCGAAACGGCCCCGUCUCAUUCUCCGAGACAAACUGUGGCCAUGAGAAAAGAAGCACUUGAAUUGCGAAAGACGCUGAAACCGUUGAUGGAAAAGAGAAGGCGCGCUCGCAUCAAUGACAGCCUUAACCAACUGAAGGCGCUGAUUCUUCCCCUAACAGGAAAAGACAAUUGUCGCUACUCCAAGCUCGAAAAAGCCGAUAUCUUGGAGAUGACCGUGAGAUUCCUCAAGGAAAUCCCAGCCUCUUCACCAAAAGAUCAGACUGAGAGCUUCAAUGAGGGCUACAAAGCUUGCCUCCAGCGCGUUUCCACGCUGAUCCCCAAAGUCAACCUGGACAAAGAGGCCAGCCAGCGGGUGAACAACUUCAUCAGGCAAUCUGUGCCUGUUGCAUCCUGUCAGAACUGUUGCGCCCAGAGCUCAAGGAUGCUCCCGCAAAUUCAGCAGAGGCUGAGCAACAAGCUAUCAGUCCCGACCGGCGACAUGCAAGGCAUCAUCGCUCCAGUUCCCAGUCGACCACAGCCUGCGCAACAGCCAGCCAAUGCCUGCAUGUGGAGACCUUGGUAGAAAACUAAACAGGAGCGUGAUCACUUUUGUAAAAUAUGUAAAUAGUUUGCAUGUAAUAUAUCGCAUAUUUAUAUGGAUAGACACUUUGUGUUGUCCUUUUGAACGUUACGGAUGAACUGGAAUUCAUCGUGAUAAACCCAUCGUUUGGGAUAAGUAUUAUAUACUCGUGUAACUUAGCCUCUACCAAUUGCGUUGUAAUCGGGCUGGUUCUAAACCAAUAUUGUACUCAAUACCUUUAAGGUUAUUUCUUAUUUCUACAAACGAAUAUUUAGUCCUCUUUGGGGGUUAAAUGGUAAGUGGCUGUAGAAAACGCCAACGUAAAACCCCAGGGGUUGUUCAAUGUUUU